CGCCGUCGCCGCCGCCGCCGCGCUGUGCCAAGACCGGACUGUGGAGCUGCACCCUUCGCGCGCCACCUGCUACAAAAUGAUUUAGCCCUCUGUGGGACACACUCUUUUGCGACCACAAUGACGCGUUGAGUUCCCAAGAUGGCGGCGUUCGGAAGGAGGCGCGGUGUCCCAGCCAACAGGGAGAGGGGAGCGAUGGCCUCGACGGACUGCUACAUUGUGCAUGAGAUCUAUAACGGAGAGAAUGGCCAGGAACAGUUUGAGUACGAGCUGGAGCAAGCGCUGGAGGCCCAGUACAAGUACAUAGUGAUCGAGCCCACGCGCAUCGGCGAUGAGACGGCCCGCUGGGUAACCGUGGGGAACUGCCUGCAUAAGACGGCGGUGCUGUCCGGGGCUGCUUGCCUGCUAACGCCUCUCUCGCUGCCGGUGGAGUACUCGCGCUACGUGGCGCUGCCCGCGGGGGCCCUCAGUGUGGCCUGCGCAGCGCUCUACGGCAUCUCCUGGCAGUUCGACCCCUGCUGCAAGUAUCAAGUGGAGUACGACAGCCAAAAACUCUCCCGCCUCCCUCUGCACACACUCACCUCCUCCACCCCUGUAGUGCUGGUCAGGAAGGACGACACGCACAGAAAGAGACUCCAUAACACAAUAGCACUGGCUGCUCUGGCCUACUGUAUCAAGAAAAUCUAUGAACUUUACAUUCUAUGAUUCAGUUUUCUAAGUUAAAAAUGCUACGGCAAAAGAGUAAAGCAGGAAAGGCCAGAAGAAUGACGACCCCCCCCCCUCCCCCCC